UGUAUAUCUCUCUGAGAUUACAACAUGUUUUGUAAUAGCGGCUCACAGUGGGCAAUAGUUGUCUUAUUGCUUUUUAUAAACUACGCCAUCAAGUGCAACACUAAUAGAAUGCGUUAAGCCACACACACUAGCUCUCCCUCUCUCUCGCACACACACACACACACACACACAUGCACCCGCGCACACAGACACACACACACCACCUUCGCGUUUCAUCUAUUCCUUCUCCGAGACGACUGUAAGAUCUCCUAUGAGCCCAUCGUUCGGGACGUCUUUAAGGACGUUCACAUACAGACGAAGCAUUUAUACCACAUAUUAAGGACAUCUAGGCUAUGUGUAGCCUACAAUGCUGCAAAUCAAUGAGACCGAAGGAUCAGUUUUGUAAUUUAAAGAUAUAAAAACAAUAACAGCACUAUACAUUACGACACCAUCAAGCGGGGAACAGUUUACAGAAUCUACCCGAAAUCGUUCAGCCCGUAGCUAUAUUAUAGGGAAAUCUUUAUGUUGUCCUAUUUUACCUUGUAGCGAAGAUUCUACGGGGAUUGACGCUGCAGACUUCGCGUGGGACGUUUCUAUUUGAUCUCUGCGGGUUAUUCUCCCCUCCGAAGACCACGGAUUACUUCUGUUCGCGGAUAAAUGGAUAUGGAAUAAUAAUAAAAACCCGUCGACGAGAUGACCAUGCUUUGAACCGCGGUGCUGCAUAAACUAUAACUUGUCUGGGGGGGUUGGCAGUUUCGCUUCGAAAUGGAUGAGUUUCAUCCGUUCAUCGAGGCCCUUCUGCCGCAUGUGCGUGCCUUCGCCUACACCUGGUUCAACCUGCAGGCGCGCAAACGCAAGUACUUCAAGAAGCACGAGAAAAGGAUGACUAAGGACGAAGAGCGGGCAGUGAAGGACGAGCUGCUGGGAGAGAAGCCCGAGGUCAAGCAGAAGUGGGCGUCGCGUCUGCUGGCCAAACUGCGCAAGGACAUCCGGCCUGAGUGCCGCGAGGACUUUGUGCUGUCCAUCACGGGGAAGAAGCCCCCCUGCUGUGUCCUCUCUAACCCUGACCAGAAGGGCAAGAUGAGGAGGAUCGACUGCCUGCGUCAGGCCGACAAGGUAUGGAGGCUGGACCUGGUCAUGGUCAUCCUGUUCAAGGGCAUCCCGCUGGAGAGCACGGACGGAGAGCGCCUGGUCAAGGCUGGGCCGUGCAACAACCCCAUCCUCUGUGUCCAGCCACACCACAUCAGUGUCUCGGUCAAGGAGCUGGACCUCUACCUGGCCUACUUCGUACAGGAGAGAGAGUCAGAGCAGAGCAGUAGCCCACGCACAGGUAUUGGGUCAGAUCAGGAGGAUAGCCGAGCUGCCACCAUGGAUGCUCCUGAGUUUCAGGAAAGCUUUGUGACGUCAGGAGUUUUUAAUGUAGCAGAGCUGGUGCAAGUGUCCAGAACUCCGGUGGUGACCGGGGCAGGCCCUAACUUCUCCCUGGGGGAGCUGCAGGGGCACCUGGCCUACGACCUCAACCCCUCAGGGGUGGGCAUGAGGAGAACCCUGCCUAGUACCUCCUCCAGCGGGAGUAAGAGGCACAAGUCGGGCUCCAUGGAGGAUGAUGUGGACACCAGUCCUGGAGGGGAGUACUACACCUCUCCCAACUCCCCGGCUAGCAGCUCCCGCAACUGGCAGGAAGACCUGGAAGGAGGCAUGUCCCCUGGAGUAAAGAAGACAGAGAUGGACAGCCCGUCUCCUCAGGAGAGCUCCCCACGUCUCGGCUUCACACAGCACCACCGGCCCGUCAUCGCAGUGCACAGUGGGAUCUCUCGGAGUCCGCACCCUUCCUCGUCUUUGCACUUCCCCACCACCUCCAUCCUGCCCCAGUCCACCUCCUACUUCCCCCACACCGCCAUCCGCUACCCGCCACACCUCAGCUCCCAAGACCCGCUGAAGGACCUGGUCUCCCUGGCCUGUGACCCGUCCAACCAGCAGCCCAGCCCAGUGAGUCCAGCCCAUCUAACAACUCUAACUAGGGCCCCGAGUUUGUCCUGGUCAGGUCAUUUGCUGAAUGGCAGUGGUCAAGUGAAGUUGCCCAGUCACUACAUCUCCUCCCAGAUGCUGGCGCCUCCUCCGCCCCCCGGCAUGCCCCGUCUGACGCUGCCCUCCGACUCCAAGUCCAGCACCACCACCUCGGACGGGGGAGCCAACUCCCCCACGUCACCCAGUAAGUGGGCCGUUGCAUACUCAGCUCCAGGGACGCCCCCUGGCAACCGCCCCUUUGUAGGGAUUGGACCUCGAGACCCUGGCGGACUCUACCAGGCACAGUCCUGGUACCUGGGGAACUAAACAACACAAGGAUAAGUGAAAAGGGCAUGGACACGUGGAUUUGAGAUUCAACACUUUUUGUGGAAUUAAGAAAAAGAAAAAAAGAGAUGCAAGAGGGAAAAUGUAUAUAUAUGCAGUAUAUAUACAGUAUGUAUAUAUAUAUAAAUAUAUGUGUGCAUAUAUAUUUAUAUAUGUAUAUCAACAUAAAAUGUGCUUCACAACACCUUUUUGGAAAAUGAAGACAGAGGGGGAGAGAGCGAGUCCAAGGA